AAUGACAGAUGUUUGCGAUAUUUAGAUAAAAUACAUUUGUUUAACAUAUUGGGAUUGGGAACAUCAUGGAUUGUGGGUAUAACUGUCAGAAUGUCGUAAAAGAAUGUUAGAAAACUGGCAAACAUGUUGAGUUUGGACCUUUAAAAAAAAUAGAUCUGAUGUUGAAGAUUUGAACUUCUUUAUAUUGAAGAUUUGAAAACUUUUGUGUUGGUUUACACUUACGAUUAAAGUUGAAGAUUCAUUUGGAAGGGAAAUCAUGGGAAAACGUAAGCAGUCAGUGCCACAAAAGGCAAAUGAGACUACAAGAAAACAAUUGACAUGGAACAUGCUGGAAAAUGCACCCGCUGCAGCAAGUGGUGUGAACAUUCUUGAUGACCAUGAUCCUGCCUUGCUGGAAGAACUUGAAGUUGCUGAAAGUUUGAGCUCCCCGAAAAAACAGUCAAAGUAUGAAGCAGCCACAUGUAAUGUAUUAGAAAUCAAGCGUGAUUUCUCACAGGCAACAAGUAAUCCAAGUUAUCGAAGAGAUGACCUGUUGGAUAUUUUUGAUUUACAUCUCCAGAAUUGUUCAUUUGAUAUUAAACUUUACACUCAGCAAAAGGUAAAAAAGAGUGGCUGGAAAUUUGAACUAGCAUCCUUUGAAUUUCAAUUGUGUCCAGAACCAUUGUUUGUGCCUUUGCCAGUACAAGGGUUGCCCAAUGUUGAAGUGUUCACUCUGCAUAUCUCUAAAGAAGGUGAAAAGAACUUGAUAAGCUACAGUGUGGAAAAUGGGACUACACCAGUUUCUUCAAAAUCGACUCUAAAGAAGUCAAGUGAAGAUAAAAGUGUAAAGUUUUGGCUUUUUGUUUCAAAUGUGCCAGGAUCAAUACUAGAGGCUCUAAGAUGUAGAACACUUCAAGUUGUUUUAGAUGACUUUGAUUCUAAGAACAUGAUCUUCAGGGUGAAAGUCAUUGGAAAUGAAGAUACUCUAACAAAAGUUUUGCAUCCAAGUGACUCAAUUAGGCCAAGAGUACUCAAUGAUUCUUUGAAGACAAUCAUCAGUCACUUCUACGGGAUAUCUGAGCCUUGCUAUGACCACUUACCAUACACACGGAAGCACGACAUUGAUGCCAUGUUGAGGGUGGUGAAGGAAAGCCACUACAAGACUUCCCUUCCUUUGCUGCCAUUCGUUCAGCACCCGGACCUGUUACCGCGGUUACGCCGCUAUCAGCAGGAGGCAAUCACAUGGAUGGUUCAUCAAGAGAAAAGGGCAGAGGCAAAGGAUGAAAACACAGGUACCCUUAAUGUUCUCUACACAACCAUAAAAACUCUAGAUGGACAGGUUCUGUACUUCAACAAAUACGCAGGAAUGUUGCUCAGGGAGUUUCCUGUCCACCAGCCAGUUCCCCCAGGGGGUAUACUGGGGGAUGAGAUGGGCAUGGGCAAAACAGUGGAGGUGUUGGGAUGUAUGCUGCACCACCCCCGGGCCAGUGUACCCCUCCCUGAACCCCUACCUGUCAUUGAGGUUGAUGUCAAUGAGUUUUCAAUGAAGAAGAAGAACAAAAGGAAAAGGAAGAAGAAAUCACAGACAGAUGAUUCUGAUUCCGAUGAUACAAUUGUGUACAUGGACUAUCAGGCGGAUUUAAAUUCAUUGGAUAAAGACCACUCAGGAAGUGUUAAUCAGUCAGGUGACCAUGCUGAUCUUAGUAUCAGCCAAUCAGGGAGCUCCAAUCAGUCAUGUGACAAAACUAAGUAUGAUAUUGGCCAAUCACAGAGCAGCAGUCAGUCAUGUGAUGAAACUAAAUUAGACGAUGAGCGAUCAGCAAGCUCAAAUAUGACAGGUGAUGAAACAAAAUCUCAAUCAAAGAACUCUAAGUCUGAAGAGUCUUUUGUGGAUAAAACUGGUGAUGGUGAUGGAGAAAAAUUGUCAUGUGAUUUGGAAGUCACUCGGGAUAAUGAAGUCCAAAAUGACAUUGAAAAGAGCUUAUGUAAUGCUGGGGCUGGAAAUAAUUUACCAAACAAAACAAGAUCCUCAAAGAAACAAAAUCAGGGAGCAAUACAAAAAGUAAAUAACACAAAAGAGAUCAGUAAUGCAGAGGUGCAAUUCAAGAACAUCUUCGCAGAGAAGCCAGAAUAUCAUCAGAGUGAGUUCGAGUGUGUGUGUGGUGCGCACAGAUUUCAGUCUGGAAAGAAAUGGCGGCGCCUGCACCCGGUGCAGUGCUCCAUCUGUCGGCUGUGGCAGCAUGCUGAGUGUGUCAGCUACAACCUGCAGGACCCUUUGAGGGGCCCCUUUAAGUGCCCACAUUGCCAUGCCGCCUCGAUGCCGAUACCGUCCGGUGCAACACUGAUUAUCUCCCCUGCCUCUAUAUCUCACCAGUGGGUGGAUGAAAUACUCAAACACGUGGCCAAGAAAGCUCUCAAUGUGCUGGUGUACCCUGGUGUUGGUAAUGGCAAGAAGGGUUACAUCCAGCCUCAAACAUUGGCCUGUCAGGACAUUGUGAUCACCACAUACGAGACCCUGAGAAAGGAACUGGACUAUGUUGAUCUCCCACACUCUAACAGUGCUGAGGGCAGGAAACUACGGCACCCCAAGAGGUUUAUGGCCAUACCCAGCCCUCUCACAGCAGUGCAGUGGUGGAGGGUGUGUUUAGAUGAGGCCCAGAUGGUGGAAUGUACAACAACAAAGACUGCCCAGAUGGCCCAGAGACUGUGUGCUGUGAACAGGUGGUGUGUCACUGGUACACCUAUCCAGAAAGACAUUGAAGAUCUUGUGGGUCUACUGCUGUUUCUUGGUGUUGACCCCUACUGCAACGCCAUGUGGUGGCACAGGCUGCUGUAUGACCCCUACUGUCACGGGGUCACAGGUCCCAUGCAUGACCUUCUGACCUCUGUGCUCUGGAGGAAUGUCAAGGCUGAUGUACUUGACCAGAUUGACAUUCCCAUACAGACUGAGGAGACAGAAUGGUUGAAUUUCAGUCCAGUGGAAGAGCAUUUUUACAGACGCCAGUACCAAGCCUGUGCUAACAUGUCCAUGAAGAUUUUGUCCCGUUGGAGUGACAGCAGUGUACGACUGAGCAGUCUGGAGAGAUCCACUGUGUUUCAGAUGUUGAAUCCACUGGUACGUCUACGGCAAGCAUGCUGUCACCCUCAAGUGGUUCGAGGAGAGUUUGUUCCCCUCAAAAAGGAUAUGAUGUCUAUGGAGGAUCUACUGGACUCACUCAUCAAGAAGGCAAAACUGGAGGCUGAGGAGGCUCACAGGCAGCUGGUGGCCGCCAUCAACGGACAGGCUGGGCUACACAUCAUCCAGGAGCAGUAUUCUGAGGCGGUUGACAAGUACCGUGAGGUGCUGAUGUCAGUGGAGGAACACAAGGGCAGACUUAAGACAGACUCACUACAGCAGCUCCACGCAAUGUACAAUCUCAACGAGAUACUGGCAUCUCAACCAGCCGGUGUAGCACCGACCCUGAGAGAUGAUCAGCUGCCCAGACAGAUAGAGGAGCUCAAAGAACGCUACCUUGCCAAGGCAAUAGCGUAUGUAACAUCCACUGAAGAGGCCCUGGCACCAGCACAAGUAGAAGUGAAGGAACUGCAGAGAGAGGUGAAGGACGUGGACUUAUGGUUCCUGGACGUGAUCCAGUGGGCGGAGGACUAUGAGCACACGGAGACCCUGCUGUGGAAGGUAGCAGAGGACGUCCGCAAAGACAAGUCACACUUUGACCGGAACCAGCGUGAGCGCCCCCGUAGCUUCCUUGAGCGACACUUGAAUUCUCCCCGAGCCCUGCAGCAUGCCAUGCACACAUCCCUGAAUGAGAUGAAGGCAGCCUACGCGGUCCUGUUCAAGGCAAUGAAGGGACUGCAGGGGAAACCCUCCCAGGAUCUCAUCAACCUCACUGUGGAGUGCUGCCUGAGACCUGUGGCUGAGGUGUUGAACAGCUGCCCAUUCUGUAAAACCAGGGAACUUUUUGAAAGCUAUGAAUCCAGACUAUUUGCCUUUGUUGAGAAGGAGGUGAUCCGGCUGGGUCCAGAAGUAGGGGGCUACAAAGCCAGCAGGGAAGGUACCUGGGCGGACAGUGACCUGGAGAAGGCUCUCAAAAGUCUACUGGGCUUUGCAAAGACCUACAAAAUUGCUGAGGACCUGAUUGAAUAUGGCACGUCCCAUUUGAAACUAAUUGAAGCACAGAAGAAGGAAUACAAGAAACUGCGAGCCCACUGGGCAGGUAUCAAGGAGCACGUUGCCACGUUUGAUGAGCUGGACAUGUCAACCACACGGCUACGGCUAAGACUUCCGGACGAGCCAGUACCGGACACACCUCAAAUGAAUGUCCUUGACCACAGUGAGCUGUCACAGCACAGUUUGAAACUGUCUUCUGACAGAAUUGUGGCCAAUGGUGAGCUAAGGAGAAAACUGGGCCAACUAUUGUACCUAAGUAACCUAGCAAAGAAUCAGGUGAACACAGAGGAUGGCCACAACCCAGAAGCCUGCCCCAUCUGUCAGCAGGAACUAGGGAAAAAUUGGAGUGUGAUGCAGUGUGGACACUGUUUCUGCAUGGACUGCAUGAGAAUACUGCAGGAGCGCGCAGGCUUCGGGCGUCAGAACUUCACGGUGAAGUGCGCCAUCUGUCGACAGUCCAGUCACCAAUCAGAGAUCUCCUAUGUUGUCACCUCAAGGGGAUAUGGGGACGAAGAGGAUAUCAAAGUCAGGGGCAGCCAUUCGACGAAGGUUGAGGCGGUGGUACGAUGUCUACUGAGGAUACGAAAACUGGACCCCACUGCCAAGUCUCUCGUAUUCUCAACAUGGGUGGAUGUUUUGAGCAUCAUAGGGAAGGCCCUCACGGAGAACGAUCUCAGCUUCAAGCCCCUGUAUGCCUCUGGAAAGUUCCAGCACAACCUCUCAGCAUUUAAAGAGGACCCAAGGGAGACCAUCCUGCUCCUGCCCAUUCACUCGGGCGCCAACGGGCUCAACCUGAUCGAGGCCACACAUGUGCUGCUUGUGGAACCCGUGCUGAACCCUGCCCAGGAACUGCAGGCCAUAGGGCGUGUACACCGAAUAGGGCAGACCAAACCUACGUAUGUUCAUAGAUUUUUAGUAAAGAACACAAUAGAACAGAAGAUGCACACUCUCCUGCAGUCGAUCAACGUCUCGCCUAACGUCACAAAGGGGGCGGAUGAGUAUUCACUGACAAUUGGCGACAUUUCUGCUCUUUUCUCGCAGCAGAUGGAAACGGUCGACAGAGAAGGUGCGCACACGCCUGAAGUAGUAGAAUCGAAUGACUCUGAUCGGACUGGAGUUAACGUGCUUGACAGCCAUGUAAUGGCGGGUUCUAGUGGCAUAGGUUAUGAACAUUUAGAACGUGAUGAUGUGGAUUAUAACGUUAACCAAGAUGAAAACAGCGGUCUGGGAGGAGAAAGUGUCGUUCAUGGUGCAAGAGAGUCCCCUGGUAGCAGUCAAGGUGUUAGCGGCCUUGGUCAGUGUGUAAGAAACAACGGUCAGGGUGUUGGAGACAAUGGUCAGGAUGUUGGAGACAAUGGUCAGGAUGUUGGAAAUAAUGGUACUUGCAGUAAGAAUGUAAGCAAUGUUAAAAGUUGUUCAGGUAAUCAUAACAACGAUGUAAAUGAUCUCAAUCCAGUUACAGACAUUAUUAGAGAGCAUGAUGAAAACACCAAUCAAAGUGAAGAUAUACCAAUCGAUCAACGUUAAGAAAAACCAUAUUUUCACUUUCAAAGAAUGGAAACACCAUUGUCUUAUAAUGAUUAGAAUAUUGAGGCUUUUGGAGACUUAACUUUGAAUGAGUUGUAGUACUAAGUGAUCAGCAAGUAGAUGCUGUUGAGCACAUAAUUCAGGAUACGGUAAUAUAAAAGAGCCUAAUCAUCUAGAAGGCUGGCAGAGAUAAGACUACCUGUGGUUAUAUUGUGAACUGCUUGCAAGAAAGACAUGCUGACACUGUUUUCAGUGUGAAGGUCGAGAGGUUCUCUGUGAUAAUGAAUAUAUAAUUGUUUUAAGGUACAUAACGGGUCUUUAGUUUUCUUACUUAUUUUGUAUGCAUUGUUUUUACAUAUAUCUCUUUCAUUUUAUUUUUGUAACUGUUACCAAGGAGGUUGGCUGUUGUAUGGUACCACUUUUUGAAUUUUGGUAUUAGAAAAGGAAUAAUUAAAAUGCCUAGUUAUAUAUUCUUGAGCCAAUAAGUAAUCUUUAUAGUGGUACAAAUACUUAUUACAAUAUGUACUUAUGCAUUUUUGAAAACAUGCAAAUGUAAGUUUAAUGAUAUCUUGUUACUUAUUUAAAUCAUUGUUUUCAGAAAGUAUAUUUUAAUUAUUUUAAUAAUUUAAACUUAUCAGUAAACAUAUCUGCAUAAGCAUCUUGUACCUGUAUUUUUGCUAUUCUUUAGUAAAAUUUUGGCUGUAUAUAUGUAUAUUUUUACAUUUGAGAACAACUAUUUUUGGGUUAGUUUCGUUUAACAAUAAUGUAGUGAAAAUUUAUUGUUUCUCUUUUAAACAAUUUAAAAGAAUGUAUUUUACAUAGAAACAUGUAGAAAACCAUUACACUUGUAAAUGUUGUCUAAUGUGCCACAGCCUAAAUAUUAAGAUUCCACUGAGCUCAGACAAAUUGACACUUACUGACUUUAUGGCAUAUUAUCCUUUUUAUUGACGAUGCUGGAACAGCGUCGUCUAAGGUUUGAUAACCAGUAAAAAAAAUCUUCACAAUGGGAACCUAUGUAAAAGACCGAGCCAGUCCGAUUGAGAUAACUCGUUUUUUCAGUUACUUCCCUUGGCAUUCGCCACUGCGUAGGAGAUUGCUCGUUGAUUUUCAUUGAUAACAUUCUCCUAGCAGAGUUGUCGUUCGUGUUGAUAAAGGUAAAUAUUAAUAGAACAGCAUAUCCUGGGGAAACAGAUUCAAUAAGUGUAUCAGAACGUUAAUUUAAAAUUAGUAAUUUUACAUCCAUUUUAUUUUUAUGGACCAAUGAAACAACUAUAUUUUUUCUCUAUUUUGUUUGAUAUUUGUUCUCGAUUUAGUAAAUAAAUUGCGAAUAAAACAUGUAAUAUUAA